CCCGUAUAUAAAUAAAUAAAUAACAAAAUUAAAAUGAUCAUAAAUUGAUCGAGGAUCAUAAUCGUAAUAUAGAGAGCGAUAUCACGAAUUUCCCCUUUUUUCAAUUCAGUUGCUGCAAUUACCUUCUUCCAUGGCUUACGUUGAACGAGGGUCGGCUUUGUGGCCUCUCUUUGGGCGUUGAAGUCAUUUUCUUAAAGGGAACACUCUUAAUAGAUGUACUAGGGAAUGAAGAGCUUUCUUGUAUUAAUAUUACUGAAUACCGGUACUGUCAAAUCAAAGCGAUCAAUAUGGCGGCUCAAGACAAUCACUGAUUUUUUCUGGGCCAUUGUCAACAUCAUAGGCGUGUUUUUUGCUACAAUGUUCUCGAUGGAAAAAUCAGAUGCCUACCGGAAAGGUUCUGCUGGUAAGAAAUAUGGCGGUGGAGGUCCUGGUGGUGGUGGUGGUGGUGGUGGGGGACCAUAUGGUGGCGGUCCUCGGGGCCCUCCUCGCGGUGGCCUUGACAAUGUUCGUGGACUAGAUAGUCUCCGCGGACGUGAUCAUAGUUCACUGCCUGCAUGUGGCUCAUGCUGUGGCUAAGUGUGUUACAUAUCCGAUUUGUCAAUAUUUGUUAUAGUGUUUUUUUUUCUUUCUUUUUUCUGAUUUAAUAUGCAACUGAUAGUAAUAUGAAAAUAUGAAUACUGACUUCCAAGCUAUAUGCGCACAUGGGUUGUAAUAGCACAUUAUAGCGAUGAACUUGCAUAAUAAUCCGUGUCUAAAAGUCAUACAAAUUUUUAGUAUUGUCAUGCUUAAUCUCAUAUUGACGUAUAC